AUGAGUGGGACUGUUUCACAGAGCAGAACUUGGGGAGGCAUUUGUUAUCGUUUUGUGAAGAACUACAUAUAUGAGAGUUUGAAUGAAGAAGAAAAGGAAAACUGGAAGGAUUUGGAACGGCGGGUAUGUGUGAAGCAUGCAUCUGCGCAGCCCGAGUUCGAUCGUUUCGUCAACAUUCUUGAAGAUAACAGAGAAGAGUUGCAAGGGAUGCAAAAGUCUACGCUGCUUCAAUUCAUGUGUGCAGCUGAGCGUACAGGUAAGCCAGAAUAUGUAUUUGGCAGAAAUUUUUGGCGACGGAGCUAUGAAAAGCUUGAUGAAGAUAUGAAGGCGACGUUGCAGGAAUGGGAAACAUUGUUGUGUGUUCCAGCAGUUGAUUCGGUAGACAAGUUCAUGCAGAUCCUGGAUCGAAGAAAAGUAGAAUUGCAAUCCUGUGGCGCAGCAAGUGUUAAGUCUUUGUUUAAUGUGCACGCCAAGAAGCAAGAUGCCGAACUUCGUUGCUGUUAUGAUUUCAUGCAACGCACGUUUCCGAGUCUGACAGAGGACAAGAAAGAGAUGGUGAGAAAUGCCCUAGGACAGCUGUUGCCAGCAGCAGCCACUGUGCCGCUGAAGAAAUCGCAUGAAGCAAAGUUGCAUAGCCGGGAGACAGUCUUGGGAGAUGACUUGCCACGGCCCAGGUUGCCGAAGAGUUUGCGACAACUAUACGGAAAUUCCGCAGAUGCCGAAAGCCGCACCAUGGCUUUUUUCCAUCGUGUCAAUGAAGUCGACACUCACUGCCAUGGCGCGCGUGCCAGUGCGGGCCGUGUGAUCAAGGCAUGA